UAAAUAUUGGUCACAGAAUUUCCGAUUUCGUGUUCAAUGCAUGUUUACAAUUUACAUUAAUUUACAUUCGAUUCGUUGAGUCGUCGAGAUUUGAAUUUUGAAGUGGACGCCCGGCGAAUACGGACUGCUGCAGAAGAGCUGUCUUCCAAUUCAACCAUCACAGAUUGACAGAUCUUUGGAUUUCAUGAUAUUAUAAAGUCAACAUCAAGAGACUCAACAUCAAAAAAAUCACAGAAGUAAAGAUUACAGAAUACUGGUACUGCGGUUCCUGUUGAAUCACUACUGACUACGCACUACAUAGGCACAAAACAAUUAUAUGUUAUUAACAUACCUACUUUAAAUUCAAAAUGUCUAUCAAGCAAGAGCAUCCCCUAAUUGUAAAACCAGAAACAAAAAUAAACAUUAAGAAAAUUAAAAAUGAUGAAGAUUCUGAAAGGACUAAAACUCCAGAUAAUAAAGCUGAAGAAACAAAGAUAGUUAACACUGAAACCGAACCAGUUGUUGAAGAGAGGCCUAUUUUUGUGUGCAAAAACUGUAAUCUGACUGAACGAUAUGAUUGUUUUAACGACCAUGUAUCAUUUAAUCGCAAGGUGGGAACAAAAGUUGAUUACUAUUUAGCAAGAGAUCCAUUUUCUCCACGCAGCAAAAGACAAUUUUUAAUCUUAGGAUCGGUAUGUUCUAUGUGUGAUAAAGACGUUUGCAUUAAACCUGAAUGCAGUAUAUUUUAUUCAAAGUUUUUUUGCUCUAUAUGUGCAAGAAAAUAUAUUUCAAAUUUUCCUACUAGUAUUCAAGAAAAAAUCAAAACUACGAAAAGAAUUUAGAAAAUUCAAUAAUUAUAAAUCAUUAUUAAUUUAUACAUUUUUGAAAAUGGUUUAGUUUUUGUAUUGUAUAUCUUUAUUAUAAACUUGAACAUGUAUAAAGAAGAUAUACAUCAACUGAUCAACUCUGUUUAAACUGCAAUCUUUUAUACAAUAUUAUUGUGAAUUAUUCUUAUUUUUUUUUUCUGUAAUGACAGUUUAUUUUUAAUUUAAUUUGUAAAUUUGUAAGAUAUCACAAAAGAUCUCAUAAAGUAGAAUAAAUAUAUUAACAAUGUCUA